AUGCCUAGCCUGUUGCGGGACCAGCAGGCCAAACGAGCCAAACCCGCGCAACAUGCGAGCUUGGAGAUGCCCUCUCUCAAAGAAAGAGGCCUUUUUGCACUUCCCACCGAGGGAGACGGUAAUUGUCUCUACUAUUCCCUCUCCGAUCAACUGUAUGGCGACACCCACCAUGCAGAUGAAAUCCGCCAAUUGCUAGCCAAUCAUAUGGCUGCAAACAAAGACUACUUCAUGCAAUUUGUCGUUGCUGAAGGUGGGGAGCGUCGACGUCCCAAACGUGCGGCCGCAUCUGCAUAUGCUACCCGCUCGGCCAAUGUCUCCGCUCCCUCACAGACGGACAUGGAACUUCGGUUCCAAGAAAUGAUCGCCACCUCCCGGAAGAACGGUGCGUGGGGUAGUUCCGAGCACCUGCAGGCAUUUUGUCAGGUCUUCAAAGUAGACUUGAACGUCUACACCAUGCACGGUGUAUCAGUGUUUCGGGAUAUCAAUGCCAUUGAAAAUGAGUCUCGGAGCGUUCUGCAUGUAGCCUUUCACGACUUCAAACAUUACUCCUCAGUGCGGGUCAUCAACGCCACACAUGAAGGACUUAUUACCAAACUGAAGGUCGUGGAACAACCCGACGUGAUCCAGCCUGCGAUCGCAGAUUCCGCAGCUGACAAUGAGCAUCAAAGUGUCACUCCCUCACAAGGAGAGACUGUUGAUGGCCAUGCAGCUCAUGACGCUGAUACCGUUUCCCGUGAACAGGGAGUUCCGGCCGAGCCAAAAUCCUCUGGCGAUCAUACAUCCAAUGAUGAAGGACUUGGCGGGCGAUAUGACCGGGAGACCAUCGUAGACAUGCUUCAGAGGUGUCGUGGUGACAUUGACCGCGCAUUUGCUGCUCUAUUGGAUGAGGGGCCCGAUGCGCCAUUCGAUAAAAAAGCUGCCCCCACAAUGCCCAUCAAACCAAGUUUGCAGGCCUCACGCUCCUCCUCUCCUUUCAGCACAGGCAGCAAGCGGUCCGCAGAUGAUAGCGAUGAUUCAGAAGACCCUCAUCCCGCACGACAUGUCCGCCCCAAAAAACGCCUUGUUUCCAAUCUCACUUUGGGCGUUGGGAUCUCAUUCAGGGAUGAGCACGAUGAGGUCGUAUCCUUGAAUCUUCGAAUGAACUCCGACGCAGAAGACGGUCAGGACACAGACCGUUCUCCUCCUGGGAACACUACCCCGGAACAAUCGGACGCGGAGGGAAAACAAUGUCGUCGCAGCCGCCGACUUUCCCGUCCUCGCCCGGUUUGA